UCCGGCAGCGUCUUUUCCCGUCCAACACAUCAAGCUUAUUACCUUUUCUCUCCACGCGCUUUUGGAAACGGAUUUACGCGCACGAAAGGAGGAGUUUGGAGGACAAGUAGGAUGCUGAGUAUCUUUCCUCCUCAUCACUGUUCUCCACCGCACUCUCCAUGACCUGAGAGCGCCACCGCAGCGGGAGGAACGAAAAAAGCGGGAAGAGAGAGAGGAAGAGGAGGGCAGAAGGCCAGAGAAGGAAGGAAAAGAGCACACUUUUUCUUUUUUUAUUUUGCCGUUGUUUGUUUUCCUUUUCCGAAAUGGCGGCGACGGAGGCCAGCGCAGCGCCGGUGGCCCAGGAAGACGGGAAAACCCCGGAGAGCAAGCCGGCGGAGGCCGAGCAGCAGGCUGGAGACGCCGGCGCAAAGUCAGAGACCGUCAACAGUGAGGUCGUCGAUAAAGACGGCACCGCCGUCAACUGUGAGGUCGUUGACAACAAAGAGACAGUGAAUAACGACACGGCGGCGGCGGCGACGGGAGUCGAGGAGGGAGAACCGGCGCCGGGCGAGGAGGAGGCUCCUCCUCAGAGUUCGGAAAGCACCUCCUCCGCUGAGCCCAAGACCUCGUUCUUGGACUCCUUCCUCAACAAGAGCGGCCUGGGGAAGGUGAUGGGAGGACGGAAGAAGAAGGAGCAGAGCGCAGCCACUGGAGGAGGAGGAGGAGGAGGAGAGGAGAAUGCCACUGAAGGAGGGGAGAAAGAGGGAGAGAAAGGAGGCGAGGUGGGUGCGGCGGCGGCUGAGGGCGGAGCAGAGGGAGGUGCAGAAGGAGACGCAGCGAUAGAGAAAGCUCCAGAAAAUGGAGAGAAGGAGGAGGAGAAAAAAGCAGACAAGGGAAAACCUGCAGAGGCUAAAUCCACAGUUCGAGAUUUAAUGAGGAAUCCGGUGGCGAGGAUCUUCUCCCAUCGCAGCGCCGAGAAGAAGGACGCCGCGGAACCCCAGAAAAAGGUGCGGUCCAAGUCCCUGGACCGGCUGGGAGAUCCUGAAGCACUUAACGCCACUGCAGACGCCACCGUAGAGGAGGGCGGGGCCGCCGGAGGAGCAGAGGGAGGCGCAGAGGGAGAACAGAAAGCAUCGUCCUCCUCGGCAGCCACCAAGCACAUGAAGCGCUGGCAGUCCUUCAAGAAGCUCAUGGCUCAGAAGGCUCACAAGAGGAGCGGAGGAGGAGGAGGAGGAGCAGAAGACGUGAAAGAAGAUGGAGCUGAAGGCGGAGAAGGAGGCGGAGACUCCUCCACGCUGGACUCCAAGGAGUCGGGGCAGACGAGGUGGAAGCUGAAACGCUCCUGGACCUUCCAGGGCCUGAAGAGGGACACGUCCAUGGUGGGCAUCAGCGGUAAGGCCAAGGGCUCCGACAAAGACUCUGCUGACAACGCAAAGCCAGAGGAGGCUGCAGCGACGGGAGGAGAGGAGGGAGCAGAGGAGGCGAAGGUGGAGGGAGGAGCAGAGGAGGUGAAGACGGAGGGAGGGGAGGAAAAGGCGGAGGGUGGGGAGGAGGAGAAGGCAGCGACGGCUGGAGGCGUGACGGUGACGCAACACGCCAACGAGAUCUGGACCUCCUUCAAGAAGCGCGUCAUCCCCAAGUCCAAGCGCGCCCACACGGAGUGCGCCCCCAGUGGGGAGGAGGACGCGACUGCAGCUGCCGCCACAGGUGAGGAUGGAGCGGCGGAGGAAGGCAAAGACGGCAAGUCAUCCAAGGCCAAGCGCUCACAUUUUGGCCGUGCGGUUUCCCUGAAGAACUUCAUCCUUCGAAAGGGCAAGUCCGCUAGCGUGGACAUGGGUGAGGGCGCCAAGGAGGAGGAGGAGGAGGAGGAGGAGGCGGCCGCCGAGGGAGCAGAGGGAGCGGGGGGGGGAGAAGCCGUGAAGGAGGCGGCUGCAGAUGGGGAAGAUGACACGGCGGCCAAGGAGACCAAUGACAAAGUUGCGGCAGCGGAGGAGGAGGAGGAGAAGAAGAAGACGCCGGCGGUGGAGAACGGAGAGGAGGCGGCGAAGGAGGUGGAGAAAACGCCCGUUGAAACUCCCGUGACCAAUGGGGAGAACGGCUGCUCCAACGGCACGGGAGAAGAGAACGCCGAAAACAAUCACCAGGAGGAGGAGGACAUGGCGGGCAGCCCGGUGAAGAAGAUCAAAGAGGCGGGAGGAGCGAAAGAGGAGAACAACGCCAAGAUCAUCAAUGCCGCAGCCGUAAACAGCGACAAAAAGGCGGGAAACGUGUGAGGCCACACAAAGAGGAUUAGAACUGCCCGGGAUUCGCUGAGCAAGGAGCUCUGAGUCCACCCCCCCUCACCACCCACUCCUCCUCCUCCUUCUUUCCCCUCUUCCUCCUCUCUCCCUUCAUCUUUCCUCCUUCCUCCCAAAUAAACGGAGUGAUCACGUGUUUACAGAACACCAUGGUGAGAAAGAGAGAGAGCGAUUGAGAGGAUGAGAAAGAUGCAAUUCAUGUAGAUGACAAGUGAAAUUAUUAAUUACUCAGAGAGCAAUAAUUCAAGCCCUUCUUUUUAUCCCUCCAUCCAUCCAUCCAUCCCCUCCGUCCGAUACAUGCAAACAUACAUACAAACAUGUGCAUCCAGUGUUUUUAUUCUUUUCUUUGCUUGUCUGUGAGAUUUUAUAUUGUCUACGAGAGAAAAGAAAAAAAGAAGAAAUGUAAAAGAAGAAGAAUCGAGACAUCCCCCUCCGCCCCCCAUACACACACAUAUCUUUCCCCCCCGCUGCCCUAUUUUCCAACUCUUCAAGCUACCUAACUCUGCUCUCUGUCUCUACCCACUCCUGAUUGGUGGAUUUAAAGAAGAAGAAAAAAAAGAA